AUGUCACGCUUGUUUUUAUUCUACCUACUGGGACUGGGGUUGCUGCUGAGCCAACCUUCCAGAGCCUGGAUGCGGGACCUGUGGCUGGAGGAAGUUAUUAAGGUGUGCGGCCGGGAAUUUGCCCGCACAGUGAUCGACACUUGUGGGAGGACCUCGCUUCGAAGAAUGUCUUUGAGCCAAGAGGAGCCCCAUCUGGAGUCAGGGCCCUUUGCAGAACCUAUGCCAUCCUACACCAAGAAAGAAACUGAUCUCUUAAAUCUGAUGUUGGAAUUCAUACCAAAUUUGCCACAGGAGCCAAAAGCAACUCUUACGGAGAGUCCACCAGUAUUAUUAGAACUACAGCAACAAUAUGUACCCGCAUUAAAGGAUUCACAUCUCAGCUUUGAAGAAUUUAAGAGAAUUAUCCAUAACAUACAAAGUGAAGCAGAAGAAAAAAGUCUUUCAGAACUAAAAUACUUUGGCUUGGAUAAUCACUCCCGAAAAAAGAGACAAUCUGAAAUGCUAUUGAGUGAGAAAUGUUGCCAAGUUGGUUGUAAAAGAAGAUUGAUUGCUAAGUUUUGCUGA